UCAGAAAGACCUUGGCCCCCCCAUCUCCAAAUGUGUCCUCACCAUUAUUGGCCAAGCUUUUAUAUCACACAUUAAAUUUAUCAGAUAUUUGUAAAUUUCUAUGUGCUUCGCCUCACCAAAACCAUGACCUCCAAUGACUACAAGCCACCCCACUCCCUUUCCACUCUCUCCAAUUUUCUCACCAUCCAAUCACCACUGUUUUCCCAUCAAUUCUCACCUUUUUUCUCUCCAGAUUCCAGCCUUAUCCCCAAAUUUUCAUGGAAAAUUCCCCUUUUUGUAGCAUCCCAUAUAGCCUUGCUUAUGUCUUCAACAAAAAAAUGUUCUUUGAUGUGAAUUGAGAUAGUUUUUGAAAUAUUUUCUUUAAACUUGUUUAGUUGUUUUUUUUUUCAGAGUUAUGGAAGAACAAGCUGAGAGUAAACAAAAUUGUUGCAGCAAUGGGGCAAGAAAUGUUCUUUUUGAAAAGUAUGAGAUGGGGCGAUUAUUAGGCCAAGGCACCUUCGCCAAAGUCUAUUUUGGGAAGAAUCUUUCCACUCAGGAGUGUGUUGCAGUAAAAGUUAUCCUGAAAGAUCUGGUUAAGAAAGAAGGUUUAAUGGAGCAAAUCAAGAGGGAAAUUUCAGUUAUGCGUUUGGUGAGACACCCCCACGUUGUCGAACUCAAAGAAGUCAUGGCGACGAAGGCGAAGAUUUUCUUUGUAAUGGAGUAUGUUAAGGGUGGAGAGUUAUUUGCUAAAGUCGCCAAGGGAAAGCUGAAGGAGGACUUGGCGAGAAAGUAUUUUCAGCAGCUGAUUAGCGCGGUUGAUUUCUGUCAUAGUCGCGGCGUUUAUCACCGUGAUUUGAAGCCGGAAAAUCUCCUCCUGGAUGAAAAUGAGGACUUGAAAGUUUCGGAUUUCGGGCUCUCGGCCUUGCCGGAACAAAUCUGGAAUGAUGGAUUGUUGCACACAAGAUGUGGAACUCCGGCAUAUGUUGCCCCUGAAGUCCUGAGGAAAAAAGGAUAUGAUGGAGCAAAAUCGGACAUUUGGUCUUGUGGGGUUAUUCUUUUUGUUCUUCUUGCAGGGUUUUUACCAUUCCAGGAUGAAAAUGUUAUGAAGAUGUACAGGAAAAUUUUCAAGGCGGAGUUUGAGUUUCCGCCCUGGAUUUCCCCUGAUGCCAGGAAGUUGAUAUCAAGGAUCCUGGUGACUGAUCCUGAAAAGAGAAUUACAGUUUCGGAAAUUAUGCGGAAUCCCUGGUUUCAGAAAGGGUUUUGUAAACCUGUAGCGGUUUCUAUUGAUGAGAAAUUGACAGUGGAGAAUGGUUUUGGAAGUGGUGAAGAUAAUCCUGGGGAGAUUGAAUUAGUAAGAGCAAAGAAUUCGUCGCCGCCUUUCUAUAAUGCCUUCGAGUUCAUAUCGUCAAUGUCGACGGGGUUUGAUUUGUCAGGUUUGUUUGAGAAUAAGAGGAAAUCAGGGUCCAUGUUUACAUCGAGGUGUUCGUCUUCAGCCAUCAUGGGGAAGCUUGAGACAUUGGCGAAGAAGUUGAAUUUCGGUGUGUGUGCGAAGGAAUUCAAGUUGAAAAUGCUGGGAAAAGAGGAAGGUAGAAAAGGGAAAUUGGUGGUGACGGCGGAGGUUUUCGAGGUGGCGCCGGAGGUCGCGGUGGUCGAGUUCUCGAAGUCGGCCGGAGACACUCUUGAGUACAAGAAGUUCUAUGAAGAAGAAGUGAGGCCUGCACUCAAAGACAUAGUUUGGACUUGGCAAGGUGAAGACAAUUGUCAAUGUAACUAACCUGCAAAAGCCAUAGCAACCAAAAAAAAAAAA